AUGUACCGGCAGAUUGUAGUGCAUCCGGAAGACCGGUACCUGCAACGGAUCCUAUGGACAAAAGACAAGCAAGUGACUGACUAUUGCCUGAAUACGGUUACCUACGGCCCAGCAAGCGCGCCUUACCUCGCCCUCCGCGUAUUGCGCCAGCUUGCGAGCGACGAAUCGAACCGCUUCCCGCUGGGCGCGGAGGUACUUAAGCGGGACGUCUACAUGGAUGACAUCCUCGGUGGAGCCGCCACUCUGGAGACCUGUCAGCAACUCAGACAUCAGCUGCUGCGUUCGACGGACGCGUUACUACCGUCAGCGGAACACUCGGUGCUAGGCUUGCGCUGGAGCCCGGAGGACGAUCACUUGUCCUUGACGGUCCGGCGAUCGGACAACGUCGCUCCAACAAAGCGCACGAUUCUGUCCCAGACAGCUCGGCUGUUUGACCCUCUAGGUUGGCUGGCACCGAUCGUCGUCGGGGCGAAGCUCCUCAUUCAGACUACGUGGUUGCAACAACUGGACUGGGAUGCCCCCCUGGCCACGGAGGAGGCUACCGCUUGGGCCAGACUGGAGGGGGAGCUCCCGAUCCUGGAGGAAAUUAAAAUCCCGCGUUGGUUCCACUGCCAUGCCUCUGUCGACACCAUCGAGAUUCACGGCUUCUCGGAUGCCUCCGAGCGAGCCUGCGCGGCCGUCGUCUACUUGCGCGUCGUUAACGCCGGCGAGGCCUACAUCUCGAUCGUGAUGGCAAAGACGAAAGUCGCUCCUCUCAAGCGGGUCUCCUUGCCACGGUUGGAGCUCUGCGCUGCAUCCCUGUUGGCGAAGCUGAUCGGGCACCUACAGACGUCGCUCGAGUUGAGCGCGGUCCCCACGUUCUUAUGGACGGACUCCACCGUCACGUUGGCCUGGAUUCGUGGCCAUCCUGCCAAGUGGACGACCUACGUGGCAAACAGGGUGGCGGAGAUCCAGCGGUUAACCAGGGACGCGAUGUGGAGACACGUGCCGGGGGCGGAGAAUCCGGCGGACUGUGCAUCUCGAGGGAUCUCACCGCGGGAGCUGUCGGAACACCCCCUGUGGUGGCAGGGACCGGGCUUCCUCAGGGGGGAUCCAACCUCAUGGCCGAAGGAUCCCAGCUUGCCGGAGCAAUCCGACCUGCCCGAGCGACGCACCGUCCGGUGCCUCGUAGUCGCCGAGGUGGAGGAACCCGAGGAGUUGACGAGGUUCUCGUCGCUUCGCCGCCGUCUGCUGCGCGUCUCGGCCUGGGCCUGGCGUUCGUGGUCACACCGUAAGGCCGUCGACUGCGAUGGGCUGGCGAGGGACCUGCCGCCAACCUUGAGCCCGGACGAAAUCGACGCGGCGCUUACCCGAUGGAUACGCGUAGUGCAGGCGACAACUUUUCGCGGGAGUUGGGGGCUGUCCGAACUGGCCGCCCGGUGUCAGGGCCGCUUCGUAAACUCACACCCUUCCUCGAUGAUAAGGGAAUCCUACGAGUCGGAGGAAGAAUCAAGCACGCGUUAUUGGAUCAGGAUCAACGACAUCCGAUCAUACUGCCGCCCCACUCGCACCUGA